CCUUCAGUCCGGUUCUUAGUAGUCAAGAUGGCGUCUUCUUUCAAUGUUGUCAUUGGUCGACCCACGCUGACUGAAAUCCGAGCUGUGGUUUCUCAAUCUCACCUAUGCAUGAAAUUCCCAACUCCUAUGGGAAUAGCAACACUGAGGGGUAACCAGGAGGUGGCCAGACAUUGCUAUAUCACCUCGGUCAGACAACCUAAAAAGGGCAAAGAUCAGGCACCCGAGGUCAUUCCCCAAUGGAUUCCUGAUAAUCAACAAGUCAUGGGUGUUGAAAUAGUAGAUAACCGACCGAAAGAUGAACCCAGAGCUGCUCCAAUUGAAGAUGUUGAAGAAGUGCUCAUUGAUGAAAGAGAUCCGAGCCGAAAGACGCAAAUUGGAACUAGAUUGAACCCGGAGGAAAGAACAGAGCUAAUAGCUUUUCUUCGAGCUAAUAAUGAUGUCUUUGCGUGGACCUCGGCAGACAUGCCAGGAAUUCCACCCUCAGGGGGAGAGGCUUCAGGCUAUAAAAGAAGAGAAGAGGUAGAGAAACUUUUACAAGCUGGUUUCGUCAGAAAAGUUGAUUAUUGCGAAUGGGUGGCUAACCUAGUCCUGGUGAAGAAGGCAAAUGGUAAAUGGCGAAUGUGCAUCGAUUACACAAAUCUUAACCAAGCCUGCCCCAAGGAUUACUAUCCAAUGUCGAGCAUUGACAGAUUAGUUGAAGCGGCCUCAGGCAAUGAGAGAUUAAGUCUCUUGGAUGCAUAUUAUGGGUAUCACCAGGUGCUGAUGGCUCCAGAAGACGAAGAGAAAACCUCGUUCUAUGUUGGCGAUGAAAUUUAUUGCUAUGUCAUGAUGCCAUUUGGCUUAAAGAACGCAGGUGCUACUUAUCAAAAAAUGGUGACCAUCAUCUUCCGAGCUCAGAUCAGUAGGAAUCUGGAGGUGUAUGUCGAGGACAUUGUGGUAAAGAGCCUGAAAGCAGAAGACCAUCUAGCUGAUCUCGACGAAACUUUCAACAACCUCAGAAAGAACAGAAUGCGGUUAAACCCAGCCAAAUGCAUCUUCGGCGUGGAGUCUGGAAAGUUUCUAGGUUUCAUGGUGUCCCGAAGAGGGAUUGAGGUCAAUCCAGAGAAGAUCAGAGCAAUUAUCGAGAUGGAACCGUUGAAAUCAAUAAAAGAUAUACAGAGGUUGACUGGAAGGGUGGCAACCCUUCAUCGGUUUAUAUCGAAGUCAGUAGAUAAGUGCCUACCAUUCUUCAAGAUUAUGAGUUUUGGUGAGAAAAGAAACCAAGCAGCAGAAACCAAUCUAUUAUAUCAACAGUGUACUGCACGGAGUAGAGCUGAGAUUCUGCAGAAACCAGAGUGCUCUGGAAGAUUAAUUAAGUGGGCAGUAGAACUGGGGGAAUUUGAGAUAACAUUUCAGCAGAGAUCAGCAAUCCGAGGUCAAGUAUUAGCAGAUUUUAUUGUCGAAUGCACUCCAUGUCCUUCAACUUCUAAUCCAGAGCCCAACGACUGGACCUUAUAUGUUGAUGGGGCAUCUAGUAGCAAGGGUUCAGGAGCUGGCACUCUCUUGAUUGGUCUAGAGGGAUACCGAAGUGAACAUGCCCUGAAAUUCAACUUCGAUGCAACAAAUAACAUGGCUGAGUAUAAAGCUCUACUACUUGGUCUACAGCUAGCAUUGGACCUUGGUGGCCGAGCUGAAAUGCAAAUUCCAGAAAUUCUAUCUGAGCAAAAUUCCCCAACUAAGAAUGAACAGGCAAAUUCAGUCUCCAAGUUUGCCUCUGAUAGCUCUUUAAGUUCCAGAUCAGUUUUUAUAGAGGUCUUAGAUGAACCAAGCUUCAUGAAGCCUCGGAUGAUGGAAAUUAGCACAGACCCUGACACGUCGAGUUGGACUCACUCAAUUAUCUCCUUUUUGCGAGAUGGGAUAGUACUUGAGGACAGGCAGGAGGCAAUGAAGUUGAGGAAGAAAGCAUCUCGGUAUACACUUGUUGAUGGGGAGGUACACGAAGGUGUUUGUGGGAGCCACGGCGGUGCUAGAACUCUGGCUCACAAAGUCUUAAGGCAAGGAUAUUGCUGGCCAAACAUGCACAAAGAUGCCACUUACUUUGUUCAGAAAUGCCCGAAAUGUCAAUUCUUCGCACAUCUGACUCACCAACCAGCAGAAGAGCUCACGAACUUGGUAGCACCGUGGCCAUUUGCUCAGUGGGGACUGGAUCUUUUAGGCCCAUUCGUGAAAGGGGUUGGUGUUGUAACCCAUCUGGUUGUUGGUGUGGAUUAUUUCACAAAGUGGGCUGAAGCUCGGCCAUUAUCUAGUCUUACCUCCAAGAAGGUCGAAGACUUUGUUUUCAGCUCGAUCAUCUGUAGAUAUGGGAUCCCGAAUCAGAUUGUGGCUGAUAAUGGAACUCAAUUCAAUUGCUCCUCAUUCCGAGAUUUCUGUUCCAGUUAUGGGAUCAAAUUGCAGUUCACCUCCGUUUACCAUCUGGAGUCCAAUGGCAUGGUUGAAUCUGUUAACAAAUGCAUUUUAGAAGGUAUAAAGCCGAGAUUGGAACAACAUAAGGCCAAAUGGGCAGACGAGCUCAAUAACGUCCUUUGGGCAUAUAGAACCACGAGCCGAACUGCCACAGGUGAAACACCCUAUCAUCUCGACUUUGGUACCGAACUGCUUCGGGAAAACCUUGAUCUGCUUGCCGAGGUCAGAGAGGAAGCACGGCUUCGGACUCUUGUAUACAAGCAGAAACUAGCCAACUUCUACAAUAAACGAGUCCGCCCUCGAACAUUCAAAGUAGGAGACCUUGUUCUCAGAAAAGCUGGCCUAACAGGGUUUGAAACUCAUUUCGGCAAACUCGCCUCGAAUUGGGAAGGCCCUUAUACCGUGGCCGAGGUGCCACAUCCUGGUGCUUAUGUCCUCCAAGACGCUGAAGGAAAGAGAGUUCCUAGAGUCUGGAAUGUCAAUAACUUGAAGAAAUUUUACCCCUAAUAAAAUUCUUUCAAGGGAUCUAUGUCUUACAGUUCUUACUUCAUGAUUGUUGAGAUUCAUUUUACCUCUUAUUCUAUGUAUCCGAGAUCAAUCAGUCCAUUCAUUCCUUGAACCUCACUUCUGAUUAAUAAAUGUCACUUCACAUA